CAGAAGCGAAAUCUCCAAGAUAGCGAGUUUCUCUUAUUAUUUUCUUUUUUCUUUUUCAUUUUCUCGCUACAGUCAGCGAAAACAAACAACAAACAGUUGGAACACGCAACACAUCACAACGACGCCAGACUUGUUUUUCCUCUUUUUCAAUUCUGACUCGAAAUAAACGACAAACCUGAGCAUGUUUCAGGAGACCGCCGCCGUGGCCACUCGGUGGGGGACUGAAGCGGUGGAGGUGCGGAUGAAUCACUGGACUAGGGAGCAGGAUAAGGUCUUCGAGAGAGCCUUGCUUUUCGUGCCGGAGGACUUACCGGACCGCUGGGACAAGAUCGCCGAGCAGGUUCCCGGCAAGUCAGCCGUCGAUGUCAGGGACCGCUACGAGGCUUUGGUCCGCGACGUCUAUGAAAUCGACUCGGGACGAGUCGAGGUGCCGAGUUACUCGGAUGACUCGGCGGGUAGUGGCGGCGGCGGUGGUGGUGGGGGAGGGUUGUCUUCUUGGGACUCAGCGAAUCAGAUCUCGUUCGGGUCAAAACCUAGGAAUAGCGACAACGAGAGGAAGAAAGGUACUCCUUGGACGGAAGAGGAACACAGAUUGUUUUUGAUUGGGCUAAAGAAAUUUGGGAAGGGAGAUUGGAGAAGCAUUUCAAGGAAUGUGGUUGUUACAAGAACACCUACUCAAGUAGCUAGCCAUGCCCAAAAGUACUUUUUACGCCAGAAUUCGGGGAAGAAAGAGAGGAAGAGAUCAAGCAUCCAUGACAUAACCACGGUGGAUAGCAACUCUGUGCCUGUGCCUGUUGAUCAGAAUUGGGUUGCUCCUCCACAGCAAGAGAUGCAGCAACAGCAACAGCAACAUCACCAGCACUUUAAUCCGCACAAUCAUGUGGGUGCUGGUGGGUUUGGGUAUUCAAACUACGGUGGCUUUUGAAUAUAGUUUUAGUGUUUUGUAUAUAGUUUUAGGUUUUCAUUCAUAACUUCUUAUUUGUAAAGGUUAUCGUUUUCUAGUUGACACUGUCAUAUUAGGAUAGUAUUAUUGCUAAUUGUAUUUAUAUAUUAGUUUAGAUUCCGUUUAAAUUCCUUUGUGAAUCUUAAAGAUAUAGUAAGGGGUUAGUUGAAACUAAUAGACACUUUUAGGAACGAAUACAACUGCAAUUGAAAAUUCUUUGUUUGAU